AUGCCACCCGAGCUAGGGGGGAGCGCAAGCUCGUCGAACGGCGUUGACGUGGACGGCGACCAUGGGAUGGCCGGGACUGAGCAAGGCACACGCGUCAGUAGCCAUGAGCUGGCCUCCGUCACGACAGAGCAGCGAAAAGAUGCCGGCUCCAUGCCCAACGGCCAGCCUGCUGCUACGACCUCCUCUUCUUCGCCGCAGAUGAAUGGUGGCCAGGCUCUGAAUGGACAGUCGAACGGUCCCCAUGGCCCCUCUGCACCCGACGCACCUAGUUCUGGAACAAAGCUCGCGUCUCGUCCCAGUCGACAUCUCGGCAGCCCGUCGACACCUCUGUCGUUUGAGGAGCAAUGUGCAAGCCUCGGCCACGCCUUUGACAAGGCCCCCGCUGAGGUGUUGCGACGACUCGUUCGCGACUACUGGCAGAAGACCCUCGUGGGCUCCGAUUACCACACGACCUUCAUCAUGCGCAUGGUCGCAGAGCAACUUCCUGCCGUAGGCAAAGACACGCUUCGCCAGCAGCUGGCCACAUUUGUGGCACCAGCUCUCGGCACCGCAGUCGCCCAACAGCUCAGUACAGGGCAGAUUGAACGGGCCAUGCCCGCGCUCGUCUCCAACGGCAGCGACGCUUUCAUGGCAGCUUGUCUCUACAAGUGUCUCGCCACUAUAGGCGCACGACAACUGGUCGAUGCCCUGGCGUCCGCAAAGCGUUUAGGCUUUGAGUUGACGGAUUCUGUGGAGCACGGAGAACGGAUCCGCCCGGCCAUCUCGAACGUGCAGACGGAGAUGCAACAUUCGGCUCCUGUUCCCGGUAUCUAUCGGUGUGCGCCUUGCGGCCGCCACUUUACCAACAAGGCAGCCCACCUCUACCACAUCGCCAAGCUCAAAUGUACAGAGCCGCCAAAAGCGCCAGUCGUGAGCCGGUGCGCUGCCUGUGGCGCCACCUUUUCGACAGCUGGCGGCGUUGGCUAUCAUGCUGGCAACAACGUCUGCGGAGGCUACAGUCCUGAACCCAACGACCCGCGUCCUCCGCCUGCCGCCCAUCAUCAGAUGUCGCAGCCUCAGCAGCAGCAGCAGCCGCAGCAGCAACACCCGCAGCAGCAACCUCAACCUCAGCAAGAGCCUCAGCACCGCCAACCUGACCAACAUGCCCACGGCGCGCCCAAGCACGCCAUCUCCACGACACCUAUACCUCUGCCGAAGCUACCCUCUGCUGCGUCCGGCAGUGCCAAGCCUUUGCACUGGAAGCCGACGCUGAUACCAGGGCCGCUGACGCCUGCUAGCAAACCUCCCCCUCCCCCUACAGACUUGACCCUCGUCCGCAGUGAUGUGCAGGCCCACACCCAGCGCCCUAUCCAGUCUCAUACCCCGGUCCCGCUUCCGUCGUCUGGCUUCACGCCUGUGCCGGCACGUCAACACGGCCAGCACACGCCACGCUCACAGCAGCACACGCCGGUCCAAAGGCACGCACUAUCAUCUGCCACUAGGACGCCCUAUUCCGGCUUUCGACAGGAGUCUGGUGAACUUCAAAGGGCCCUGGGUCAGCUUACGAACGAGCAACGCGCCGACUAUUACGAUCGCAUGGCAAAGCAAGAGCAUGCCUACGAAGUGAAGGUGCUGAAUGCCAAACGGGACUUGACCGGCGAGGCACAGGUCACCAAGCUCAAGAGCCUCAAGGCCUGUUUCGCCGCGGCGCAGAGUGGCGUGCGUCAGAGGUUCGGCAUCAAGCUGCGCGGCCGACGGCCCGCUGCCGCCACGGCGUCCGAGCACGCUCGUGUCGACUCUGACGCGAUGACGCCCACGGAAGGGCGGCGUGUGGUGCAGACGGGCCAUGCCCAGAACGGCGCGCCGGCCCAACCACCGGGUCCUCGGGUCGCUCUUUCGGACAUGAACGGCGGGCUUGCGGGGUCAUCUGCGACGGCGGCAACGGAGGACCCGACGGUCCAUACGUCACCGUCGCGGGCGCGGGGUGGGUUCGUGGCGCACAAUGAUCCUUCGCCUGCUCAACUGCGGGAGCGGCUCGGCCAGCCCCCCAAGCCUGCGCGGCCUCUUCCCCCGCCUAUUGAUAUCGAGUCGAGCGACGACUCUGACAGCGACAUUCCUGGCGUCUAG